UGCUCUCAUGGCUCUGCACGUGGCUGACCCCGACGCCGCCAUGCCAGUCAAAACCGUUUUAGUGGAGGAUGCGGCAGCAGGAUCAACUGGAGCAGCGGAAGAAGUAGGAGCAACAGCGGAAGGGCGCAGCCAGGAAUCCCCAGGCAGCUCAGAAGGCGGCCUGAAUCUACCAUCCGAUACAGCUGAAACUCACCUGGUGCAGGUGCAUCUGGCGACCAGCAGUUCGCCACUGGCGUGCGUCCCAUCCUGCACGAGGGCAGGCCCCUACUGCCGGACCUGAAGCGGGAGAUCUGGGAGAAGCCUCCCCUAGGUAGCGCCGUCCCUGCCAG